AUGAGCAGAGUACAUGAAGGUACGCCGGAGAGCUACGAGCCCGAGAUACUGUGCGCAGAUAGCUGGAAGCUGUUUCCCGAUUACAUCGAGCAAGCACAACAGCUCUUCGGUCCGAAUAACGUAGACGUUUUCGUGAGCCCACAGAACGAACAGCUGCUCGAUUUUUGGAUUAAGGAUGAACAGAAAGGUGCAUUUGAGCACAACUUGUCCCUAGUAGACGGUUGCCCACCUUGGCAGCUGAUACACAAGGAUGGGGCAUCCGCAACAGUAUGUCUACCUUGGCUACCACGGGCACCAUGGUUCGACUUAUUCAAGCAACUACUUCAAUCGGAACCGGUGCUGGUGCCUAGGAUACCACAUACAUUCUUGAAGUUUGGCAAGUAUGCGUGCGGCAAGAUCUUGGGGUCACACAGUGACAGAAAGAAUAGGCCCGCCCAAUGA